ACUUGAGGUUAUGUUUAUGUAAAAACAACUAACGAUUCUGUUGCGGGAGGAAGAUUUUUAUUAAAAAAAAAAUAAUUAAAAAUGAGUUUAUUCAAUAGCCUAAACAUGUCACUGCAAGUGCUGAGGCAACAAAUGUUGGUGUCAUCGACCACCACUCUAAUACGUACAUAUGCUGCUCCCCCAACAGCCAAGAAACUAAAGAAACUUGGUAAACUGGGACCCAUUAUGGAAAAGAAAGUUAUUCCCGUUGAAACAGAUGCCAACAAAUUGGUUAAUUAUGUUUGCGGCAGUAAUAUCUACAAGACCGGUGAAGAUAUUAAGUUAAAACCUGACUCUGAAUAUCCUGAUUGGUUGUGGACAUUAAAUGUCGAUCGAAUUAUUCCGCUGGAAGAAAUGGAUCCAAAUACCAAACAAUACUGGAGACGACUGAGAAAAAUGGCCCUAAGACGCAAUAAUCAAUUGGCUAAACUAAAGAAAUUCUAAUCCAUAGUUAUAAGAAAUGGAAACUUAUUUCCAAGAAUAAAGUUAAUGUUAUUUGUUAAAA